AUGAUCGUUGACGUCCUGGUCGUUGGAGCUGGACCUGUCGGGUUGCUCUGUGCUUACCAGCUGGCCAAAUUUUCAAAGGGCGAAAUUAGGGUCGUCAUCAUUGACAAGGACGAUAAACGGGAUGCUCCCGUUUACGGACGAGCAUGCACGUUGUUGCCUCGAACUUUAGAACUCUGGGACCAGCUAGGUGUGCUGGACGAGGUUUUGAAUCAAGGCGUGGUCACGAAGACCGGUUUCAACUUCGAAGGUGGAAAAAUCGUCUCUGGCGGGUUGUCAUUCUUGCAUCGAAUGGAUAAACACGGAGAUACCAUGUUCAACUUUGCCCUUCAUUUGCGCCAACGCCUGAUCGAACGGAUCUUCGAAGAAGAGCUCGAACGGACUGCCAAUAUGGGGGUUUACGGGGAUUACGAGCUUGAAGGUUUUGCGGACGAGAGUAUGGGUGAGAGUGAGGCUGGUAGCUUGUCGUCAAACGAGGACCAUCCGGUCACCGCGAGGGUAAGGAAUGGGUCGACAGGCGAGGUAUCGACGAUCCAGGCGAAAUACAUCAUCGGAGCUGACGGAGGCAAGUCCAAAGUGCGGAAGACCGCUGGGAUCGCGUUCCAAGGCAACAACUCGGGAGCCAAGUGGAUCCGUAUGGAUGCCUUGAUCAAGACCAACAUGCCAUCGCCGCGUUCCCUCAACUCGGUCCAAUCGGCCGAUCACGGGUUAUUGUUAUGGUGUCCGAUCGAUGGAGGAAGGACCAGGAUCGGAUACGUCUUUUCCGAAAAGCUUCAACGGAAGUGGGGCACCGUGGAUGGACAGAACGUUUCAGAGGAAGCGAUCAUGGAGGAAGCGAGGAAGGCUAUGGAACCGUUUACGCUCGAGUUUGAAAAGGUCGAUUGGUUUACCAUCUAUGGCAUCGGACAGCGUAUGGCAGAACGGUUCAUCAAGGGGAGAGUGAUUUUGGCAGGCGACGCUUGCCACACCCAUUCUAGUGGCUCCGCUCAAGGUCUCAACACCGGUUCUCACGAUGCCAUCAACCUCGCCUGGAAACUCUCCAUGGUGCUCCGAGACCAGGCGAAACCCGAGUUGUUGGAAACGUACGCGAGGGAACGACAGGCGUUGGUCAAGAACGUCAUCGACAACGACACGGUGAUCGCCACGUUGAUCGGGGGGCAAUAUCCUAGAGGUUACGAGACUCGGGCCGGAUCCCAUUCGACCAAGCAGUUAUUGAAGGAGUGGUUUGAGAGCGCCGCCAACCAGGGGUUCACUUUGGGACUGGGGAUCAAAUACGCUCCGGACUCGCUGGUCAACGUCGUUCACGCAGAACGUAUCCCACCAUCCACCAUCGGGCCGGGUGAACGAGGACCAGAUGCCACGCUCCAUCGGAUCGGGACCGGGGAAGAACGUCGCUUGCUAAGUGUGCUGCCCAACGAUGGCCGGUUCAACGUGGUCGUGUUUACCGGCAAGACCUACUUGACCGGGCCAUCGCUCGUCGCACUCGGCAAAGCCUUGGACGCCUCGCUCUUAUCGUCGUCGUCGUCGUCGUCGUCGUCCUCGUCGUGGUCUGACAAGGUCCGUUCGGUGGUGACCAUGACGACGGUGAUCCUGGGAGAAGCGGCAGGAGCCGCCGAGGUCAUGGGCUGUGAUCCGUUCGGGACCGGCUAUCUCGAUACGACGAGAAGAGCGCACGAUGCGUACGGGAUAGAUGAUGCGAAGGGUGCCGUAUUACUAUUGAGACCCGAUGGUUACUUGGCGCUCGCUAUGGACAUCUCGACGGCGGCAGGGGAUCUGAGCGAGUACUUUGCGAGAUUGUUGGUAGGAUGA